GAUACAGAAGCCGCUUUAUGAUCAACUAUUUAGGACGACGCGAGCAACGCGGUGAUUCGUGCUAUGGUGUCUUCCCCGCUGGGUUUGGGAUGGUUCCCUGCCAGUGCAUCAGUGGCAUCGACAUAAUGAUCAGUUUUUGCAAGUCUUCAUGAACUUAUCUUCUGGAUUCUCUAAGAAAUUCCCAGUUCACAUCUUCUACCUCGUAAUUGCACGAGGAUUGAGUAUCUGAACUUCAACCCUUGACGCGACGCCAACGAAUAAAAGCGUUUGCGAAGGUAGAGCGUUCUUCAGAAAGAUGGAGUCCCUUCUCAAAAUACUACUCAUUCUCUCGCCUCCUAUUGCGAUGCACGUAACAUUCACGCCUCCCCCUAUCCCCACGGGUGACCAUGAUGCCCAUAAUAAAUUCAUUGAGUGGAUUCUUCUUCAAGAUGCUGACUACGGUCUACCGAUUACAAAGGCAAUUUCAUGGACUAUUGCUUUUACAGAACUCGCUAUCACUACCUCACAUGCUAUGGACACCAACAUUUUCAUUUUUCCCAACGGGUUACAAGCGGUAAUUGGCUCACUCCGUGCAAUUCAAGACGUUCCCGUCACUUCCCCUUUCCUUUUUGGCACCUCACUUAUUGUCAUUGGGACAUUCAUCCGCUGGCGGUGUUUUCGCAACCGUGGUCAGUUUUUCACAUUCGAGCUCAGUGUUCGCAAAGGACACCAGGUCAUCACGAAUAGACCGUACGGGGUGGUCCGUCAUCUAUCUCACGCGAGAGCUGUUCUGCUGUCCAUUGGCCAGUUUAUAUUGCACGGAUCACUGUCUUCAUUGGUCAGACGCUCAAGGAUUUCAAACGUACCUGCGUUGAAAGCGAUUGCGGUGGUAGCGCUGAUGGGGAGAAUGAUUGUUAUAGUAUGCCUCAUCAUCAAGAUCAGGCACGAGGAUCAAAUGGUCAGGUCAAUUUCCAGGAGCGGAAGAAGUGGACCAAGGCAGCCAAGUGCCACCUCAUUCGGGACGUGAUUUGUCCGGAAAAAAGCGAUCACUUGAGGGACACGACAUCAAUGGCCUGGAAAUUAUUGAAGAAAUCAGGCAUCGCAAGAAGUACCUUGUCUCCGAUGACGACGAUGAAUCAGAGGACGUUGACCGGCGCGCCAUGCUGUGGUAAUGAACAA